AUGCCGCCGCCGCGCCGCUUGUUGCAGCCGCGGUUCACAGAGCAGACGCCUUCCCUGAAGGCCGCCCCUGAGUUAGCGGCGACUCACGGCGACACACUAUCUCUGGUGCCGCCGCCGAGCGCCUCCCUCGUAUGGGCGAAGACGCCGCGCGUUGUAGCAGAAGUCGAGUCUCUAAGUCGAGCAGGACAGGCCCACGCACAAGUAUCGCCUAUCGCCUUGCUCUCUCACAAUGACCGACACAACACCCGCUGGACCAGCGCUGGAAGCACGACAGAAACCUUGAAGAGCACCGGGGCUUCCAUGCGAUGUAGUGUGCCGCGUAGCUCCGCAUUAACUGCGGAGAGUGACAGGGAGACAUCCGCUCGCGUCAUGCCCGCCCGUUCAUCUGUCCGAGCCAGAUCUGCAGAGCCGUGCCCAUGCCCAUCCUCCCAGACCUUCGACCGUGCUGCUGCACUCAUGUACGCUACUGCUGCAUUCGCGGGAGAGAGCGAAGAGGCUCUCCGCGCCCCAGGCCACCUGACUCGAGCGACUCGUCCUGCAUCUGCCCGGGCACAUUGCAACGCACGUCCGAGCGCCUAUGCUCGCCCGCUGCUGAGUGAGGCGAGCGAUGCGGUGGUCGCAGGGCGGCAAAGUCGCGCGGUGUGCGGCAGUCCCGCCCGCGACGUUUCCUACACCCACUCCAUAUCCUCUCCAGUGCUGCACCCCAGUGGCUCUGCAUCCUUCGCGGAAGCCGCGCCGCACCCAAGUCGUCCCCGUAACUUCGCCGCGUCUGCUGCCCCUAGCAGGAAAGAGGAGGGAGAUAAUAAGGGCUGCGCCUCACUGCCGCGGUCGCCCUCCAGCACCGCCGCCGCUGGUCGUGCGACCCGCUACGGCACAGAGGGGCCGGCAGCCGUAGACAAGCCUUGGUUGGCCGUAACUCCAGCCCACGGCAUCCUUAAAGAGAGGGGGCGCAUGAACAGCACCACACGUAUCGUGUCGAGCGCCGUCUCUUCGACCGGGUCCACGUCCUCUUCCCACCGUGCGCACACCCCAUCCAGUGUCCCGAAGGCUGUCGUUAGUGACUCAAACGCCCGCUCCUUGUCCGAUCCAGAAAGCAUCAGCGUGCAGGAGUCCGCAAGGCAGACACGGCACGUGACGUUCGACGAGGAUGCGAUCGAGCACCUCGACGCCUCCGAGAAUCAGGUUGUAUGCGGUGACAGUCGACUGGGAAGGCACCCGGAGAAAGUGGUGUGUGGAGCUGCAAUGCUGCCGUCCUGCACCAUGAGGGACUUUGACAUACGUCAACCUUCGACCACCACGGCGGCGUUCACGCGGAAAGAAAACGCCGACAGCUGGGAUGCUGACUCGGAGUGGUUCAACGAGGAGUUCGGCGCACAGCUCACGCUGGUCGGUGCCACAGCUGACUCUGCAAAGGCAGCGCCCAGCCCAUCUUCGGCAGCGGCAGCGAGCGAAUCGCCACCGUUGCCGCCCGCCGUCCUCAUCAAGCGCCCUUUUCGAGUGUCGAUCCCUUCGUCGUCGGCUUCGUUGUCCUUGUCGGCUACGACCGCAGCAACAGCCCUCACUGCGGUGCGUGGCGCCAGACGCCAACUUGGAAUGCCAGGGCGCAAGCGAGGCGAGUAUGAUUCCGUCGGCAACUGUCAAAGCCUCGGUACACCGCCCUCCUCUUCUCUCUCUCGCACUCCCCGGAGCACGAGCGCCGUCAUGAAUACGCACCACGCCAGCGUCCCGUCCGGUUCAGCCACCCCAGCAAGCGGCAGGAGCGUGACUGCAGGCGAGGCCAGUAAGCUUACUAGCGACGACGGCCGCGACUCGUCACCAGUGCUGGCGUACGAACGUGCUUCCUUCAUUGGAUCAACGUGCUCUGGCAACCAUAGCGCCGUAGCCUCUUCGCGCCCACGAAAUACCGUUGCCCCGGCCCCGCUACUGUCCGUUAGCGACUUGCGGCGCCGUUCCCCGGCAGCGUCAACGCCUUUGGCGACGUCUGCGGCACUUUCAGAGUGUAGCGAAGCAAGUGGGUCCCGUCGCGGGGGCAGUCACGGGCGCCCUUCAUCUCCUCGCGUCUCCCUCUCGGACGUCGAGGCUGCGCUGGACAAGGUGGCGGAGAGCGGACGGAGUGCUCGAUCGACAAAGCAGGAGUCUUCCCCGGUGUCACCGCGGACGCGGAGAGUGGCGGCCAACCAACACGACGGCGAGUCCCCUACUUUAGGUGCGAUGAAGCAGUCGAUGGCCGAGCGUCGCUUGCUCCAAGCCGUGAUGCCGUUGAAUGAACGUCAACGCCCCACCGAUCGGGCGGCUGCCUCGUCCGUGGUACCGAGCAGGACAAAGAUAAGCGCGUCUCCCGCGGUAAUGGUAGAGCUGCCGAGCGGGACCGUUGGCAGCCGCGCAGGCGGCGCCCUCAGCAGCAACUCCGCCUUCACCUCUAGCUCGAAUGGGCAUGGUGUGCGAGCGCUGCGUGGGACAGCCCCGGCGCUGGGCAACCCCCACGCAAACGUUCUUUUGGCCGAGGUAAGUCAGUUUUCUCGCGCCCGCAGCACUACGACACCGCCAACAGCCACCGCGGCAACUAGCGCCGUGAAUGGCGACCGCGGAAGCACCACAGCCCUAAGGGCCAACUCCACCAGCAGUGCGCUCUCGCCCUCUCCCUUCCCCUUUGCUGAGCCAGCGGUGCCAAAGGCUGGAGGGCUUAUCUCUCAGGUGUCGAGGAAGGAUGACACCGUCACCGCCGCCCCGUCGGCGUUGUCCAGUGAAGCUCGGCGAUCGGGCACAAUCAUAUCGGACGUGCAUAAUCACCAACUGAGCAUGCCCGCCUCUCAGCUGGCGCACCCUCGGUUGGACGACAGCGACAAGGACGAGGAUGAAUCGAAGUCGCACAUGCAGGUACCAGUUCCCAUUCCGCGAACACCGCCUAGCAAGUCGAGCUGGGCAACGCAGUGA